AUGGAGAAGAAGGAUAAUAUUGAAAAAACACUUAUGAGUAUUAUAGAGAAUAUUAAGAAAAAUAGAAAGCUUGUUGACCAAAAUAUAAGUAAUUUAAGUAUUGUAUUUAAUAUUAUCAGAGAAAAUAUUGAAAAUAUUAAUGGAGAAAACAUUGAAACAAUUAUCAAAGAAACAAUCAAAACAAUUGAUAAUAAUAAAGAAGUAGAACAACUUAAUGUUAUUGGGAUUGCAAUUUGUACAUAUUGUUUACCAGUUAUUAAAAAGGAGAAAAUAAUUAAUUUAAUAGUAGAUUACGUUAAAACAUUUCCUAAUGAAUUUGAAACAGAAGCACUUAUUUCCUUGACAAUUGUUAUUUACGAAUUUAUGAUUAUGACAGGAAAUAAAACUAUUAAUAAACAAUACUAUUUUGGAUAUUCAAAUAUGGUAUUAAAUAAAUAUUCAACAAAUGAGGAUAUUGUUGAAUAUUCAAUGAGAUUAUUAUGUAGAAUAAUUAAAGGAGAUGAAGUAUUAAUAACAAAUAUUAUUGAUAAACAAAUUUGGACAAUGUUAAUGACAAUUAGUGGAAAAUAUUACAAUAACAAUCAAAUACAAAAGUAUUUAUUAAGAAUACUUAAUCAAAUUAUUUGUAAUUUAACUAUUAAAGAAAAUAAAGAACUUAUUAUUCAAUAUUAUUUAAAUCGAAUUAAAGAAUCAGAAGGAGAAAUAAAAGAAUUGUUGUAUAAUGGAAUAUAUUAUUGCACUAAACAAAGUAUCAAUAAUAAUGAUUUUAUUAAUUCGAUUCUCCAAAUUAUUGGUGAAGAAUUAAAAGAAGAUAAAGAAAAUAAUUCAAUUAUCAUUAAAAAUCAAAUACUUGAAGAUACUUGUGUAAUUUGUUACAACUUAUAUUUAAAUGAAGAAGAUAUAGAAAAGAAAGAAAAUAUUAAAACACUUGUUAAUUUAAUCAAAGAAACUAAUUCAACUAAUAAAAUCAUUUAUGCAAUAUGGUAUGCAUUAUCAAACCAUCUUACUUUGAAUUUUGUUCAUUGA